CGUGGUUUCGAGUAGUUAGUCACAAAUUUCUGAAAAAAAAAAUUGAAUUCGUUUGUUGAAAAUGCCACAAGACGGGAAAAAGAUGAUUUUUGACCGAAUUCAAUCAACAGAGAAUUUCCUCGGAGAAUUAUGCUCAGAGCUGUCGAGUUUUACGAAGAAGAAAGCAAGGUUACGAGAUAAAUAUGAUGAACUAGCACGCAUUUUUAAAGGAUACACAGAUACAGCACGAUUCAAUGAGACUUUGUUCAAUGGUUUGUUAAAUUUCUCCAAAUCGUGUACAUUUUUGGCUGAUGCAAAGGACAUGGAAGUUCAACGUCUUCAAUUGAAAACUCUACGCGACGUGGCAAACUAUGAGAAUGUAUGUAAAAAUGCAAGAGAGACUCUGAAACAGUCAUUGUUGGCUCGAGGAAAGGAACAAUUGAAGCAUAGAACUCAACAACGAAAUUCGAUUAUCGAAAAGGACUCAAAUUCUCAAAUAGCCGAACAGAGUAAAUCUAGUCAAGACUACGAAAUGAAUUUAUUGCAAUUCGAACGACAAAAGAUCGGUGAUAUUCGGCAGAUUUUGCUUGAUUUUACACUGAUACAGUUGAAAGAGAGUGUAAAAUCAAUGGAAAUCUUAACGACAAUGUACAACGACGUUGCUGCCAUUGAUGAAAAUCAGGAUUUGGAGGAGUUUGAACAAAAGUUCCUAAACAAAGGGUCGAAUAAUUUGAAAGCCACAAGCCGUUCACAAUCAAUGAGUGCACUGGCAACGAAUCCACAGUCGUUGAAGCGUACCAGCUUAUCGAAUAGUACAAUGUCGUUGAGUUCGCCUAACAAAGACUUGCACAUAAAAGGCCAGGGAAAUCGUUCUAGCGACAGCGAAUUAGAAGAAGAUGAUGAGGAAGAAGAAGAGGAGAGCAUUAAAUCGACUGAGGAAACGACUGAAAGUGAUGAAGAAGAGUCAAGAGACUCAAGUAUGACCAAACCAAGCACCGUAAAUGCGAGUAGCGUCUAUGAUGAUGAUGAUGACGAUGAUGCCGUGGAAAUACGGCCAAUCAAAACGUUGGCCAAGAAAGAAGCUGGCACAAAACCGCAGCCAGAAAAACGAGUCGCGCCCGUUCCACAAGUUCGCUUUUCCAAACUUGUUAGUCACAUGAAGAAGUGAAGGCUUGAUGGAAAACGUAUUUUCUUUCCAAAUUAAAUCAAAAUCAAUUCAUUAGUUUUCAAACCAAUAAAUCCAUAACCAACAGCACUCAAAUGGAUGUGCCUAAAUAUGAAAUAAAUUACGGAAGAAAAUGCAGCUAUUUUAAUAACGAUAAAAUCGUGGGGAGUUUGUUAAAUCGAUAUAAGUUUUGCGAGUAAAAAGAGUGAGG